AUGGCCGCGCCGAUUCUGGCGACCGUCUUGCUCGCCUUCGCCGCCGAGGUCACCGCAGUCACCGCGGGCGGCGUCGAUGUCACCGCCGCAACCCAGUACGGCUCGGUCGUUGGUAAAUACUCGCGGUACGAUGGCGUCAACCGGUUCUUUGGCAUUCCUGUCGCCGCGACCACCGGUGCAGCGAACCGCUUCAAAGAGCCGCAGCCACCGGCUACCUGGGCUCUCCCUAUGACGACAAUCGAGAGCAAGCAGUGCCUUCACGUCGGCGACUCCGGAGUAGUAGGCAGUGAAGACUGCCUCGCCGUCGACAUCAUCGCGCCAUCAAACCCCCUCGACCUGACCGGGUCGCCCACCGUCGCCGCGCCUGGGUCAUACCCGGUCCAGGUCGUGCUCGGAGGAUCCUUGGACCCAUCUCUCCUCAAGGACGACACGUACGCCGGACCUGGCGAGAAGCCGGUUGUCACCGUCAGGGUCACCCACCGAGUCGGCGUCCUAGGUGGCCUGUCGCAUCCCGCGCUCCGCAAUGGGAUUGACGGAAACUCGUACAGUGGGAACUGGAUGCUACACGACGUCCUCAAUGCCCUGCGCUGGGUCCAGGCCAACAUCGCAAGUUUUGGAGGCGACCCCAAUAAGGUUGCGGUCCACGUUACGCGCGAAAAUUCUUUUUCGAAAUGCGGCCUCAGCGGCUUUUUGGUCCAUUACGCCUUUGGCUGA